AUGGGCAGUCAUAGUUCAGCCUCUGCUCCUAUUCAGAAAGAGUGUUUUAUUCAUGGAGUUAUUCAAGCUUCUCAGAGAAAGGAAUUCAGAUUCCAUCAUAACUGUAAAAAACUGAAGCUUGUUAGCUUCUGCUUUGUAGAUGACUUGGUGCUGUUUUGUAAGGGAUCUCCUAGUUCGAUUCAAGUUAUCCAAGAGUGCUUCGCUUCCUUUAGUCUAGCAUCUGGUUUAUCAGCCAAUAUGGCUAAAUCUCAAGUUUAUUUUGGGGGUAUGACAGAGGAGGAUUCGAGGAGUAUUUUGGCUAGGCUUCAAUUUAUUGAAGGUUCAUUUCCAUUAAGAUAUCUUGGGAUCCCUCUCCGCCCUACUAAAUGGAAGGCUGGAGACUGUGCAUUAAUCAUUAAAAAAAUUCACCUUCGGCUUCACUCAUGGUCUAACCGUCAUCUUUCUUACGCAAAUCGAGCUCAACUUAUCCAUUUAGUGUUAAUGGGAAUAAGAUCAUUCUGGAUGAGCAUAUUUCUCCUUCCCAAGAGUGUCAUUUGUGAGAUUGAUCAACUUUGCAGAAAGUUUUUAUGGGGGUCUAAUGACAUCAAUAGCAACAGAAGUAAAUUGCACCUCACUGCUUGGGACCAGAUCUGUUUGCCAAAGAGCUUGGGAGGAAUUGGGUUUAAGGAAGGGUCCAAAUGGAAUAAAGUGUUGUUAGCCAAGUAUAUUUGGGCUCUCUCCUCUAAGCAAGAUAUUCUCUGGGUGAAAUGGGUGGAUGCUCUUUACCUCAAAGGGUAG